AUGCCUUCGUUACUAAAUAUCCCCCCCGAACUUCGCGAGUGCAUUAUUCAGCAUGUCCUCUGUAGCCAUCAGAUGCCGCCUGAAACUCCCUCCAACGCUAAUCGAGUCGAUUUUGAAGACAUGGACAUAAUAUGGCGUGAGAGCCCGUACGGUAUCUAUCAUGAACAACGAGGCACACACUCGCCCUCUAAUUGUAUAUCACUCCUCUUGACCAACCGACAACUAUCUGCAGAAACAAGGUCCGUCAUCAACCGCAUGAGAUCAACAACAACCUACGUUCUUGACAUCUCUGUUUUGAAUGAGUUGGAACUCUUUCCUACCUGGGUAUCGGUUCCACAUAUCACAAAUCGCGUGUCCAAACUUUACGUUGACGUACGAUUCUUUGGCCACAUUCUUUCAGAAAAAGUGGCCCGCUAUCAAUAUAAUGAUGAAGACGUCCUAGGAUAUCACUGGAGCUUUUAUGGCUUGUUGGCACGAUUUCUCCGAUACGGGCCAGUUGAUGAGAAGAAAAAAAUGUCGGGAAGACAAAAUUCAUCGUCUAAAAAACCGACGACAUUCCACGAUUAUGACGUGACCGUCAACUUACUUGUUCUCAACUUCAAAUCUGCGGAGACAGAACUAUCGUUUCCGCCGGAUACGGUAACAUAUCAGACAUGGCGUAGUCAUCAUUUCACGCCUAUUGAAUCUCGAGAUAUUUCUCCUGCCAGCAUUGAUCUCGAAAAGUAUACCACCCGCCCCGAGUGGUUUUCUACAUUCCUGUUCCAUGAGAUCAAAUCAUUCUUGAGCAUGAGCUAUCUUGGUUCGUUUUACGGAAGGAUUCUCUAUGAACGGAUUGGAGCCAUUCGAAUACUUGUCAAUGAGAACCUAGAGCAUGAGUUUGAUCUCUCCAGCAUGCUGGCUAGCUUGCGGUUUACUGGCCCAUGGGAAACGUUUGGCCAUAUAGAAAAUGAAGACCGGCUAUCUGCCUUUUGGAAUUGGAAGCGGCAGACUCUCAUGAGGCGGGAUCAACUAGGGUUUCCUGUUGUUCGGGCCGAGGACCUGGAACUAGCAUGA